CAGCUAUCGCAAUGGAGAGGGAACAGGAGAGCUUUGAGCUGCAAGGAUUUCAUAACCCGCUUGCGGCUGAGUUUGAUCAGUCGCUGAGACAAGAGAAUACAGACAAGCAAAUCCAACUCAGCGAGGAUCGCUGUCCAGAUGACACCCUAAAGAUCAAGCAGUAUAGCAACCAGAGAUGGAAAAUAAUUACCUUCGUGCUGGCUCUAUUGGCUGUUGGCUGCGUAGCGGGACUCGUAUACGUUGUCGGUCAGCGAUUCUCACUCGGAUGUACGUCUUGCAUGUCUUGUGCUAAUUUCAGCAUGUUUGCAGUUGCCAAAUCAUCAGAUGAUCACAGUCCUUCGUCUGAUUUAAGCAAGCAGGUGAAAGGGACAAAGCAACAACCUGAACCCGCAACGGGAACACCGAAUACGGAGCAACAACAUGAACUCUCAACGGGGACCCUUACUACAAAAAUCGGCAUAACUAGCAGCAAUGGCGUUACUACACAGAAGCAGCCCAUUCCACGGACAACGUCUAAACCGGCGACAUCAAAGCGCUCAAUAAUUUUGUCAGAUAAGCAGCCAACCACUGAAUCUUACGUUGCUACUGCUAAAUCCGAGAAAUCGUCAACAGAAGUUCCUAAAUCGUCGCAUCCAUCAAAUUCUCCUCCUCUUCCUGCAGUGACGAUAGACUACGUGAACGCCACGUUAGAUAUUCCAGUUCCUACCUUGACCAUGAAUUCCCAGUCGUACGUGACAGUACAGCUAGCAGUUCCAGCUCGUUCUACCGUUGGCCUAACACUGAAUGCAGCGGCUGCAGACGUUCCCGAAUUAGCUGUUUACUGGAAGAAGGGUACAGAGCCAACCCACACAAGAUACGACUUUACUAAAGCGUUUCGUCAAGUGACAAAACCAGCUCUGUCGACCAAGUUUGCUACUCAAGAAGUGUUGGACAAUGGAAUUUGGUUUAUCACCGUUUUCAAUGGCGGUUCAAGUGGAGCACAGCUAAAUAUCACAUUCUCACAACUCCCACCACCUAAAACUUGUCCGAACGACUGUAGUGGUCGUGGGACGUGCUUUGAUGGCGUGUGCGGAUGUCAUCCAAAAUGGAAAGGCAAAGACUGUUCCGAAGCAAACUGUGCUGUGGCGGACUGCAGUGGUCAUGGCCAGUGUGUCAACGGAAUUUGCUUGUGCCGCGCCGGGUGGAAGGGCAAUGACUGUUCUGAUGUUGACUGUAUUCCAUCAGACUGUAACGGCAAUGGAGUGUGUGAUGAUGGUGUUUGCUUGUGUAAGACAGGAUAUCGCGGAACAGGAUGUGAGAUCGCUCCAAAGCAGUGUCCUGGUGAUUGCUCAGGCCGUGGGUCAUGUGAUACGGUCACAGGUCAAUGCAAUUGCCUACCUGGAUGGAACAACUUGGACUGCAACACCGCUCUUUGCAAGUACAAUUGCAACGGACGCGGAACAUGUGACAACGGCACCUGCCUCUGCAAUUCUGGAUGGACUGGCAAAACUUGUGAAUCGCUUGAAUGUCCGGUGGGCUGUGAAAUCCAUGGAAAAUGCGACAACGGUACCUGCAUCUGUGACAAGGGCUGGAAGGAUAGCGACUGUCUUACCGAUGCGUGCCCCAACAAUUGCACCGUCCACGGGUCGUGCCAAUUGGGAAACGAUGGAGUGUGGACGUGCGUCUGCGCGAGUGGAUUUAGAGGAGCAGGCUGUGAGAUAGGUGUCGAGUUGGUGUGUGGCGAUGGCAUGGACAAUGACGGUGACCAGCUGCUGGAUUGUGACGACCCAGACUGCUGCAACACUACUGUCUGCAAGAAUGACGAUUCCUGCUCAUCAGCACCCGAUCCAAGCGACCUGGUUGGUAAUAUGACAGCCAACACAACCAUCAGCUUUUACGAGACAAUCGAGUUUCUAUUCACAAGUGGUUUGCAGAUGGAAUUCGAUGAUUCAGCUAUUGACACCAAACGGGUAUCUGUCAUCAAAGGUAAUGUCACGACACGCGACACAACGCCACUACUAGGAGUAAAAAUCACCGUACUCGGUCAGCCGGGUGUCGGAUACACUCUGAGUCGCGUCGACGGUUCAUAUGACAUUGCUUGCAACGGUGGCGGUGCUGUCACCCUUCGAUACAGCAAACGCAAUUUCAUUGGUUCCCAGCGUUCCGUAACCGUUCCCUGGAAUGACUAUGUCAGCUUGUCUGAUGUCUCCAUGAUACCCGUCGACAACAAAGUGACUGAAGUUGACUUGAGUUCCGGCGAUGACAUCAAAGUGGCAGCCGGUUCUACUACUGAAGAUGAAGACGGAAAGAGGCAAGGCGUACUCAUGUUCUCUCCGGGCACUGAAGCGUUAGUAAUUAGCCGCAAUGGUACAGGAAACACGUCUGUUGAGAAGCCAAUGAUUAGAGUGACAGAGUAUACUGUUGGUAGUCGAGGUGAAGAGACUAUGCCUGCCGAACUGCCGCCCGCUACUGCAUACACUUAUGCAAUCGAAAUGAGUGUCGACCAAGCCGCAGUCAACGGCUCUACGGAAGUUGUGUUCAACAAGCCGGUGUCCUAUUUUGUUGAAAAUUAUCUCGGAUUUCCGGUCGGAAGUGCCGUUCCGGCUGGAUUCUACAACAGGACGCUUGGUGAAUGGGUUGCAGCUCCUAAUGGACGAGUCAUCCAGGUGUUGAAUGUGACGGUUGUCCAAGGAAAGAGACUGGCAGUUAUCGAUGUUACUGGAAACGGCGUGGCAGCUACUAUGGAGGAACUCGACGAGUUAGGAGUUACUGACAGAGAACUCGAGAGAAUUGCCGCCCAGUAUAACGUUAGUCAGACUUUGUGGCGAGUACCAGUUCGCCAUUUUACUCCGUGGGAUUGCAAUUGGCCGUACGGUCCGCCACUGGACGGAUGCACUCCUUAUCAAUGUAAUGCCGAAGACAAACCUAUAGGCGGUCCUACUCCGGAGGUUGAUCCAAGGGAUCCUUACGAAAUCGCGAUUGGGGAUAUUACAAUUACACCUGAAACUGGAGAUACGUCAACAACGAUGCCCAUCCCUGGCUCGUCGUUCACACUAUGUUAUUCCAGUCGCCGCGUUCCGUCGUACAGGCCUGUAGUUGUGAUUCAACUGACGUCAUCAUCCCUUCCUGGAUCUUUACAGAGUGUUCAUCUGAAGAUCAGAGUGCGAGGUCAACUGAUCGUCAGACGGUUUCCGCCUCAACCAAAUAUAGUGUACCGCUUCUCUUGGGACGGACGUGACGCAUACAACCGCGUGGUUCACGGUACGGUACCGUGCACAGUGAAUAUUGGUUACGAGUAUCAACUGGUGUAUUAUGCUGUGCGUUCUCAAUGGCGUCAGAGUUUUAAUCGUAUCUCCAACGCUGAUGUAAGGUGGCAGGUUAGGAGAGGUAACCGCAAAACUAUCUUUUGGGAGAAACGGGUAACGGAGAUUGGUACGAGUGAUGGAGCCAUCGAGCUUACUGGUUUGGGAGGCUGGUCUCUGGACGGUCAUCACUCAUACGAUCCUGGUGCAGGCAUUCUUCAGAUGGGAGACGGAAGAAAAAUCAGAUUCAAAGACAAAUCUAAGGUGGUUAAAACUAUUGUCGGUGAUGGUAAUCGACGCCCUGAAGUUUGUCCUGACUGCAUGUCUUCCGUCCAAGGAACAGACACCUCUUUAAGAGCUGCCUCUGUCCUGGCGACUGGUAACGAUGGAAGUAUCUUUAUGGGCGAUUACCAGUUGAUCAGACGUUACCACGUAGACGGUAAUGUCAGCACCGUCGUCGAUUUAAGAGAUCAAUCGCCGUCUUACUCUUACUACAUGGCUGUUAGUCCUCUCGAUGGAGACCUCUUUAUAUCUUACGCCGAUCUCAAUCAGGUUAUUCGCAUCCGAGCUGAUCUACUGUCAGCAGAUCAGCCAGUCAUCACUCUCAAAGAUGUGGGAACAAAACUAGGAGUAAGCGUAUUUGCGGGCAACGGUCAACAUUGUCGUCCAUGGGAUUUUGAUUGCGGUGAUAACGGACUAGCUGUAGAUGCUAAACUGACGGCACCGAAAGGAAUAGCUGUGGGACCUAGAGGAACAGUCUACUUCAUUGAUGGAAAGCUUAUUCGUCAGGUUGGAGGAGACGGUCUGAUAGAAAUAUAUGCCGGUUCUCGAGUACCCAGGGGUUGUGCUCCUCCCGGCUGCUGCAACGACAUUACGGGAAAUGUUCCACUCGACCAAUCUUACUUUGGCUGGCCGACCGAUCUAAACCUCAAAGCAGACGACGAGUCUCUCUACGUGAUCGACCGCAACAACGUGUACCACAUCUUACGAGAAGGUCAAGUGAGGGUAGCCGCAGGCAGAGCGCCCCACAUUCCGCCACAACCGUCCGUCUCACAGCAACAGCAAGACGAUUUCGCGGCCAAACCCGCUCUCCAAGUAGACCUCGCCUCCCUCCGCGGCCUUGCCGUGUCCGACAGCGGCACCAUCUUUUUCGGAGAGACAAACUCGGAUCGAAUCAAUAGAAUCCGAUUUGUUCUUCAGUCUGGAUUAAUGGUUACAUUGGCCGGUCGUGAUCCCGGCUGCGGUUGCUCGAGUUAUCGGUGCACUCCAAAAUGCUUUUCCGGCGACGAAGGGGCCGUCAGUAAAGCAACUUUCUACGUUCCGUCGGCCGUCGCUUUGUCUCCCGAAGAAGACACUGUGUAUAUCGCCGAUCAGAGAAACCAUCGCGUUCGAGUGGCUCGCAUUAGCCUUCCUCAAUUGUCGAGUUCGGGAUUCUAUAAUAUACCAUCGCCAGACGGAUCUUUGAUGUUUUCGUUUGAUUUCGGCGGUCGUCAUCGUGCGACUGCCGUAACAACUACUGGUGAUGUCAUACGCACGUUUGAAUACGAAGAGUUUGGUCUUCCGGGGAGCCCAAACUUGCGACUAAGUAAAAUCACGAAUAAUUUUAACAACUCGUUGCAAAUUGAAAGACAGUCCAACGGUCGUCCGACGAGAAUUGUCACUGAGAAUCGGCUGACGCUUCCCGUGUCGCUUGAUUCGAAUGGAUAUUUGACUUCUAUCACAAAUGAACGGGGUAGGAAAGUUAAAAUGGUCUAUGAAGGUAACGGUGGCUUGCUAUCAUCGAUGACGAGUGUGUCCGGCUUGACUCGGUCGUUUACAUAUGACGACACUGGUCGCCUGACGAAGUUGCUCGGACCUGCUGGACGAUUUACACGGCUAGACAGAGUAACAGACGGUUCCCAGUCGCAGGUGCAAGCGAGGGGCAACGGUCAUUCAACAACAGUGACAAGCACUGAUUCUUAUCAAUCGGUCACUCUACCUUAUGGUGGCAAGGUAACGAGUACUGACAUAACCGGAGAGACUCGCAGCAUUGUUUUUCCCGAUGGACUGACAGUUGAAGAGGAAGCUUCAAGUGACGCGGUGUGGGGAGAGCAGCUUCAAACUGUUGCUAAAAUGACAGUAAAGCUACCAUCAGGGAUAACCCAAACAAUUGAAUCAAAUCAUUACGCCAGUUUAAAACAACCAUUCAAUCCCUUAUCACUAACCAAAUCCGGACAUACUAUAAAGGUAAACAACAGAAACUGGAUUAAUGUUGAAUUUGACAAGUCGUCACUCACAAGAACAAUCAAGUCUCUCCUAACUCAAGAAGAACUUAGACUUAUGUUCAGAAAAUCGGGUCAGCUGCAAGGCAUGACGACAGUCAACGGAGGAUUGUCUCCCGUCAGCCUCUCGUAUGACGCAUCAGGCAGAAUUACAGCCAUUGAACAAGGAGGCGUCCAUAAGAGAUACAAAUACGACUUAUCGGGUCGUCUUAUAGAGCAAAGUAUCGAUGGUGACGGAAGUAUUCGCUUUGGUUACCACAAGAACAGCAUUCAACCGGACAUCCUUCUUCUCCCGAGUGGAAAGAAUUUCACCUUUUCUUACUAUCCGGGAGGCUCGCUUGCUAGCGUUGUUACACCAGGAGGCCGUAAACACGCGUUCACUCGCUCUCUCACGCCAGCAACAACAUCGUAUACCUACACCCUGCCAAACAGCAACACAUCCAUCAGCCACAUCUACAACUCCAACGGUGACCGUGCCAUCACCCAAUUGCCCAGUCGUACGCGUACAAUUUCCUACACUCCCGACGCAAAUGGCAGACUAGGAGAAAUUCGAUACGACGACGAAGUGAUCGAGAUUGGAUAUUUUGACGACACGGCCAGAGUGACGUCCGUACAGAGAAUUAAAAUAUCGAACGAGUCGCCCGAUUCAAUAAAGAUUACUGCAGCUGUCCUAUUAGAUGUUGGCAAUAACGGCGACGAUUUCGACGUAGCGACCAACGGAGAGACGAUCAUCAGGUACAACUACGAUGGGCCGUACAUUACAAAGGUUAUACAAACGUUAACAUCGGACACUGGCGUGUCAGCAUCGUUAAAGUUCGAGUAUUCGUAUGACGCAUAUUUUAGACAGACUCAACGGAAAGGGACGCUCAACGGACAGUCGGUCGCCACGGAUUCUUGGCAAUACGGCAACGGCAAGCUGACGGCGUUUGGUCGCUACUCGAUAUCCUAUCCGGCAACAAAUGAGAGAAAAAUCUAUUCCAGCUCGUCACUUCAGAUCAGGGAGAAGCAUGACGGUAACGGACGGCUGAUUGAGAAAACGCUCCAGGUGAACAGCAAGACCGUGUUCUCGUUGAAAUUGUCGUACGACAAUGCGUCGAGGGUGGCGACAAGAGAGUUGAGUGUGGGUACAGUAGUCAACAAAUUUCAAUACGUUUACGACCUAGAUAAACGGUUGACGGAAGUGUGGCAAGAUGGCAAGCGGGUAGAGAAGUAUUCCUAUGACGAUGACGGUAACCUGAACGCGUGGGAAGGGUUGAAAAGACAAUCGGCUAGUUUCGACGGCGCCGGCAGAGUGACCAGCGCAGGCAACACGAUGUACGUUUGGAAUACCGAUGGAUUGCUGUCUCGGAGGGGAACACAUUCGUACAAGUAUACUGCAAGAGGAGAGUUAUUAUCGGUCGAGGACACAAAAACAGCUAAGACAGUAGUCUCAUUUACUUAUGACGGAUACGGUCGUCGUGCUAGUCGCACAGAGUUUCCUUCUUUGCCUCAAGGACCACAGUCUACUCUGUACUUUUAUGGAGAUCUCAGAGACCCAUAUCGCAUCACACACGUGGUGACAAACUCUGGGACUGUUCAGAGGUCGUUACGAUACGAUCCUGAAGGUAAUCUGUUUGCAAUCGAAGGAAGCAACACCAGAUAUGUGGCAACCGACGAGCUUGGAACUCCUAGAGCUCUCUUUGAUACCAGUGGCAAGCUCAUUAAGCACGUGACGUACAAUGCAAUCGGAGAAACAGUGUCAGACACAAUGCCAGAUGAGACAUUUUACAUUGGAUUCAGUGGUGGAAUUUUGGAUCCAACAACGUCGUUUGUACGCACCCGAGCUGGUGAUUAUGAUCCACUCUCUGGUCAGUUUGUAUCCUACAAUCCAUCUCAAAUGGACUUGUCCACAUACAACAAACAGCUCAGUCCACUGUUUGAUGCUAUGGCUGAUGCUCGUUUGCUCCUACAUGUUCAGCAUCAGGUACACGACCUGGUAUCCACUUCAAUCAGUGACCACAGUCUCAGCUGGAUCGGAGAAAGGGACCUACCCGUCCUUCCCGGUGAUGCGCAAUUCACGAACACGAAUGAUCAGCAGGAUAAUACUGUGGGAUGGCCAUUUGAAAACGGAUACAACAAGGGUGUGGAAAGUGGAGAGCUCGAAGAGUGGUUUAACAGAUGUGGCGCAAGCUGUAGCUGUAAGAGAAAGUAUGUACGAGGAUCUGAUAUCCUGGCACCCGUGCUCUACAGAUACAGCGAAUGGCAACGUUGUUGCUUCUGACAGCUUCUGCAAUUGCUUCUAUGUGCUGUGUCGCUACUGGUUGUCUAAUGUGUGUGCAUGCAUGAUUCGUAAUUUGCAAGGAUCGUCAAACUUCAUGAUCCAUAGCUGCAGUAUGUUACAGCAAAAUUUUGUCUCUCUGUCUAUACCAGGAGUGGUAAUUGAUCAGUACAGUCACAGUA